UCCCCUUCCCUGUUUACCCACCAUUGAUGAUAAUAUCAUAACCCAAAUCUUCUCUCUUUCUCUCCUAUUGUUGCAUUUACACUUCUCAUCAUUACCAAUAAAAACAGGGUUCUUCUCUCUUCUGAUCUUUCAUCCAUCGCAACAAUCAAAAACCCCACAAGGGCCACCACCCACCAAAACCAAACCCUUCUCCCGCUCAAUAUAUAUACUUGACUAAGCAGAUCGCAUUCGUUCUAGUUCUUAUGAUAGGGUCUAAGUCAAUUUGAAGAGAAUCUGUUCAAAUAUGCUAAACAUAAACAGGUUAAGAACUCAGACAAGGUCUUCAAGAUCUAUACCUAUGGGAGGGUUGGAUUAUCCAGAUCAGAAGAAGAAGAAUAACUAUGUAGGGGAACUUCUAUUGGUGGUUAUUCUAACAGCAAUAUGUCUUCUCUUGCUCAAACAAUCCCCGAAAUUCAACACUCCUAAUCAGUUCUCGCGUCGUGAACCUGGGGUUACUCAUGUGCUAGUAACCGGAGGUGCAGGCUAUAUUGGAUCGCAUGCUGCAUUACGACUUCUGAAGAACUCGUAUCGUGUCACAAUAGUGGAUAAUCUUUCUCGAGGAAACUUAGGAGCUGUUAAGGUGUUGCAAGAGCUAUUUGCAGGACCAGGAAGGCUUCAAUUUAUAAAUGCAGACCUGGGGGAUUCAAAAGUUGUAAAUAGAAUAUUUUCUGAAAAUGCAUUUGAUGCUGUAAUGCACUUUGCUGCUGUUGCCUAUGUUGGAGAAAGCACUCUUGAUCCACUUAAGUAUUAUCAUAAUAUCACAUCCAAUACAAUGGUGGUAUUAGAGGCGAUGGAGGCUCAUGGUGUGAAGACGUUAAUAUAUUCUAGUACUUGUGCAACUUAUGGAGAGCCUGAAAAGAUGCCAAUUACUGAACUCACUCCUCAGGUUCCAAUCAAUCCGUAUGGAAAAGCAAAGAAGAUGGCUGAAGAUAUCAUUCUGGAUUUUCAUAAGGACUCAGAUAUGGCUGUCAUGAUAUUAAGAUAUUUCAAUGUAAUUGGUUCCGACCCGGAGGGGAGACUUGGGGAAGCUCCUCGUCCGGAGCUGCGCGAACAUGGGCGGAUAUCCGGUGCAUGCUUUGAUGCUGCAAGAGGAAUCAUUCCCGGGCUUAAGGUUAGAGGAAUUGACUAUAAAACUCGAGAUGGUACUUGCAUAAGAGAUUACAUUGACGUGAAUGACCUAGUUGAUGCUCAUGUAAAAGCACUUGAAAAGGCAGCCCCGUCAAAAUUAGGAAUUUACAAUGUUGGAACCGGGAAAGGUAGGUCAGUAAGGGAAUUUGUGGAGGCUUGUAAGAAGGUGACUGGUGCAAAUAUAAAAGUGGAAUACUUAGAAAGGCGACAGGGGGACUACGCAGAGGUGUAUAGUGACCCGACAAAGAUAAGGGAGGAGCUUAACUGGACAGCAAAACAUAUUGAUCUUCAACAGAGCUUGCAGAUUGCCUGGAGAUGGCAGAAAUCGCAUAUCAAUGGCUAUGGAGUUCAGUCCCUAUUUUCGUCGUCCUAAUUUUUGUCAUCAUCAGGGGACACAAUAGCAGAAUAAUUCUUUCUUUAGCUCCAAUUAGAUAGAUCAUUAUUAUUAUUAUUAUAAGGUGUAGAGAUAUAUAGAGAGACAGGAAGUCCAUUAUUUGUGUAUGGAAUACACAAUAUUUGAUGUAUUGUUAAAGUUUGUAUUAAUAGAAUUAUGGUAUAAACAACUUUCAAUGACACAAAACAAUAUCAAUAUAGUAAUAGACUAAUUGUUUUAGUGUUUCAAAAGCUAAA